AUGGCCCACAUCCACGUGGCCGCCCUAGAUGCCGACAUUCCCUGUCUCUCCGUAUACAAAGCGCGGGGUCUGUACAGCUCACAAUUCCGAGUUCUCCUCCAAGCAGCUGCACAACGCCUGAACAACGACACAGAAACAUCCCUACCACACAUUGCCAUCCAUGUAACGGCCUUCGACGUCGUGGGAGGAUCCCUCCCACCCCUGGAGAUUCUACGAACUAAACCCCGGUCCUCCGCUGAGCCUCUCGGCGGACUGGGUUCGAUAGAUGCAAUCCUCAUCACAGGAUCAGCAUCUUCAGCCUACGAGGACCUCCCCUGGAUCCACCAAAUGAAGUCCUUUAUCCAAACAGUACACACCGACUACCCACACGUGAAGCUCUUCGGGUCCUGUUUCGGACACCAAAUAAUCGCACAAGCCCUCCUCAGUACCAAAACAGACCCAACUCAUCCAACCUUCCACGUCGCACCCUCGCCCGCUGGCUUCGAAAUGGGCAUCCAGCCCAUCACCCUAUAUCCCUCAUUCACAGCACACUUCCCGCCUCUCGCGGGCCAGCAUCCAUUCCGCAUCCAGCUCAUCCACGGUGACGAGGUCGUCCCAACGCCCGAAGCCGCAGCUGCAGCUGCAGCUACGCAUCAGAGCGAUAUCCAGCUGCCCACGCCGUGGUCAAGCAUCGGACGCAGUGCGCAGUGCCUUACCCAGGGACUCUAUAACCCAGGCCGGGUACUGACAUACCAAGGCCAUUUCGAGUUCGAUACAUUCGUCAACACAGAGCUUGCGCUGGAGUUCGGGCGUCGGGCGAACUGGCCGGCGGCUGAUGUGGCAAGGUAUUUGGAGCUGAUUAACCGUUCCCGGGUUCCUGGAAAGGAAGACGAUGAUUCGGCCAAGGCAGCUGCCGAAGCGGUUGUGCUGUUCUUUGUCGGGGCGGAUGUGGGGGUUAUGACAGUUGGUGCUGAGAAUGGCAUGCUUACGCCACCGUUGGUUUAA